AUGUCUGACAAGAAAGAAGUCACUAUUGAUUUUGAUGGUUAUCCAGAAUCUCCCAUCAUUGAUAGUAGCAUUGGAAAUACUUACACUUAUAAAGAUGAUGCAACUAAUGAGCAGGUAGAAAUAAUUCACACUGAAAAUCCUCCUAAUCUCUCUGGAUACGAAAAACUAGAGCACAAACCAAAAGAUCCCAAGGUAAAGAUUAAAGACAUUCAAUAUUCUACUACUCCUCAGACUGGAUUUCCUCCCACUCUUUCACAGUACCCGAGCGUCACAGUAUACUGUUGGGGACAGGAUUAUAGACCAUUAGUCGUAAAACUUGGUAAUGAAAAUAUUUACUAUAUCUCAGAAGGUGAAGGUUAUACGAGUAAUAAAUGGAACAGUACUUCUACUUCCUUUGCUGGGUUGAGUUUGUUAGAAAUUCUGCAAAUAAAAAGUUGUACCCAUACAAAUGCUCAUGUUGUAGAUAUUUCCAAGACUACCAAAGAAUCUUACAACUGUCCUAGUUGUAAUAAAGAACGGAUUAAUGUAUCGCCUGUUAAAGGAUCUGAUUACUCAUGGUAUGGGCAUACACUACAAGCAAGCUCCAUUUCUGGAUUCAAGGAUGACAAUCAAUAUCAGGCUGGAUUCAAAAUUUUUAAAGACUGUGACCAAGCCAAUGUAUACUGGUACCCAGAGUCUGAUGGAAAGCCUCUUCUAGUAUGUAUAAAACCUCUCAGUGGUCCAGGGGAUGAAGAGCCAUCCAAACCUUAUUGGUAUAGAAGAGAAUGUAAAUCUAGUAAUAAAUGGGUAAGAGAAGAAAAUGAUGCCCCAACUAAUGAGGAGGACCCUAAGAUUCUGGAGCUUCUUCAGAAAGCAUUUCAAACUGCCCAAAAUCCUACUUCACAGGGAAACUCUGAACUAUCGACAUCCAUAUCUUCCUCUGCCACUAAUGGAUUAGUGGCGAUUUUCAUUGUAGGUAUAGUACCAGUAAUCUUAGUUGGCAUUGGAUAUGCUGGAUGGUCGUUUUUACCCAGGCUAUAA